AUGAACAAGGACAUCCAUCUCAACAGCCACAACAUCAACAACAAGCAUCUCAACAACAAAAGCAUUCACCUCAACAACAUUUUCAACAUCCAUUUCAACAACUUCAACAUCAACAACUGCAUCUGUCUCGACAAUCACAACAUCAACGUAAUCAACAAUUAUCUCAUCAACCACAACAACAGCAUCUAUCCCAACAGCUACAACAUCAACAACAAAAACAGCUACAACAACAAUCUCUGCACCCACAACAGCAACAUUCAACUCAACAGCCUCAACAUCAAGAACAGCCACAAUAUCACCUACAACAUUCAUCUCAACAACCACUACCUUAACAACAAUUUAUACAACAUCAACUUGAACAUGAACAAGAACAUGACCACAAACAACUGGUACAAAAUCAACACGGACAACAGCAUCAGCACAACUCACGAAUGCGAUGGUUCCAGAUUCGAUUCCGAAUCCUGGGAUCAAAUAAGAUUCGGAUUCGACAAAUUCAGCGCUAUGGAUUCGGGUCCACUGUUAUUGAAUAAAUCCGUUCACAUUCACACAUCUCUAUUUUCUUAUUACAUAAUGGGACGCCUCAUUUUAGCUGUAACGCUAACAACAAUAAUUUCUGGACUAAUGAGAACAAGAUUAUUGCCACGCAUGCUCCUUGGAUCUGGAUUUGGACCACUUGGAUUCAGAUACCUCAAUUUCGUGAAUCCGUCCCAUUCUUAA